CGUAAACACUGCCUGUGUCCUCUCACCGUCUUUGCUGGAACUUGGAAGCCGUCGACUUCCGAGUGAAUCCAUCGACGAGAGGUGGGCAGGCUCCAACAUCGACCACAGCAGCCCCUUCUUGAUCAUCGUUCACCAUCCAUUUCGCAUGAGACUAAAGCCUUUCCCUUCAGUGCCCAAGCACCGGUACAGAUCUUCCAGCAUGCUCGCCCCCAUAGCACGUUCGUCUCUCCUUCGGUCUGCCGCUCGCAGUGCGGCCGCUACCCGCGCAGCGCCGCUUCCUUCCAGUUUUGCGGUCGCGCGUCGUGGGUACGCUGAGGCGGUUAGCGACAAGCUCCAGCUGAGUUUUAUCCUUCCUCACUCUGCUAUUUACUCAAACCAAGAAGUGACGCAGGUCAACGCCUGCACCGCUUCGGGUGACAUGGGUAUUCUCUCCGCACACGUCCCCUCGGUCGAGUCUCUCAAGCCCGGUCUCCUCGAGGUCAUCGAGAGCAGCGGAAGCAAGAAGUUCUUCGUCUCUGGAGGCUUCCUUGUGAUGCACCCUAACAACAAGCUCACUGUCAACGCCAUCGAGGCCUUCCCCCUUGAGGACUUCUCUCCGGACGCCGUCCGCUCUGCCCUUUCGGAAGCACAGCGAGUCGCUUCCGGCUCGGGCUCGCCGGAACAAAAGGCAGAGGCGGAGAUCGAGGUGGAGGUCUACACUGCGCUCCAGGCCGCUCUCGGGCGCGCGUAGACGUUUCUCAAAGGGUCCGAAUCAACACUGUUUGAGUCAACCUCGAAACGAAUAGAGCCUCUGAUUUGGUGUAUAGUCGCGCUCAAGCAAAGAAUGCACGAUGCGAGACAGAACAUGCAGCACAGAUGGAUCGUUGAGCGAAAGACUCGGGUAAACGUGAUGCCAUCACGAAUCGGCUCAACGCGUGUCGGCGGUCUACUUCGGACAUUGGAAAUAACAAAAUGAUGACGUUGCAUUCAUUGCACAGCUCCCUAGUGCCGUAGAUUUAUCGGACAUCUUCACCUGCUCAUGCAUAGUUCUCGG